AUGAAGUCUUCUCUAAGCAGACUAGAUGCCUCGGGAAAGUACUCAGUCGUUAAAGGCAGGAGGGCGGGAGUGGUCAAGGACUUCCAAUCGAUACCUAAGGGCUUUAUCAUUUCCUUAAGCAGACGUCUGUGUGCUGCAGGAGAUAUGGGAGAUGACGUUGUUCCAUCUCCAGAAUGUCCAGAAGGAAAGGCUUUUUCAAGGCUUUCGGCUUCAAGAGGAGAGAUGAUGUCCGCAGAUGCUGGUGCACAGGUCUGA